UGGGCCGACUAUAUACCGGCUCUUCGCGAAUAUCUGCCAGUUCAUUCCUUCCUCGUAUUCCUGAUUCUUCGGAUAGACUCUCGACUUUUGAUUCUUCUUCUUGUUGUCGAACGAUCCAUCCGGGGCACACCAAGUCUCUUCUCGUAGCUCGCUUACUUUAGGUAAAUCUGAGCUCUGAAGAGAAGAGGCGGCAGUAAAAAAAAAAAAAAAAAAAGGGAUCGUGGACCAAUUACACACAUUUUUGAGGACCGCAACUUUUUUUAAAUCCGGAAACAUGAGGGCCAUCUACUUGUUCCUCCUCGGCGUUGUCGCCGUGAGUGCCCAGCGUCGUCUAGCCUUGCCCGAUCCGCGAAGCUGUUCGAGCCGCGUUCGUCACGCGACGUACAGAGAUGCCAGAGGAGUCGGUCACUCGUAUUUCUUCAGCUGGGAACAUCCGCCGACUAGAAGCCUUGAGGUGGACUGGUUGGACGCUCGCAACAUCUGCCGUCGUCACUGCAUGGACGCCGUGUCUCUGGAGACUCCUCAGGAGAACGAAUUCAUCAAAGCAAGAUUGGCGAGAGGAAAUGUGAGAUACAUUUGGACAUCUGGUCGUAAGUGCAACUUCAACGGCUGCGACCGACCGGAUCUUCAACCUCAGAAUAUCAACGGAUGGUUCUGGUCCGGAUCUGGAGCCAAAAUCGGAUCGACGAAUCAGCGUAAUACCGGAGACUGGAGCAAUACAGGUGGAUACGGUCAACCGCAACCAGAUAACCGUGAAGCUGCACAGGGUAACGACGAGUCCUGUCUGUCAAUUUUGAACAACUUCUACAACGACGGCAUCAAGUGGCACGACGUCGCGUGUCACCACGUGAAACCUUUCGUUUGCGAGGACAGCGACGAGCUCCUAAACUUCGUCGCGUCCCGAAACCCAGGAAUUCGUUUGUGAAAGGCGACUGCGGCGGACUCGGGCAAGCAGACUAUCGUCGUGCAUUGAAGACGAGUGCGGACGCGACGAUAUUUCACGCGCUCUCGUCUCGUUCGCGUUUAUUUAUAAUUACACUAACUCCCCCGAGAGAUACGCUCUCUCUUUAACGAGCCGCGAUUGUAGUGCUGCGCAAUUCACCGUAAGCGGAACACUUGAUAGCUCGCCGUAUACCUAUAAUAAAUGUAGGUGGUACCUCUCUAAAUCCAUUUUAGUGUUUAUUUUUACGUAAAAUUCUCUUGUAAUUUUUAUAUCUUCCUUUCGUAUGAUAAUAAAUGCAUUUUCUCA